ACUCGAUCGGCGGGCCAUGGAGGCGGCUCGGCGGGGGCCGCGGGCGGGGGUCGGGAGCCGCGCGCUGCUGCUGGCCUUGCUGCUGCACGGGGCGAUGGGGGCGGAGGCGGAGGAGCCGCGGCCGCCGCGGCAGCGCGGGGACGAGCAGUGCCACUACUACGCGGGGGGACAGGUCUACCCCGGGGAGGCGGCCCGCGUGCCCGUCACCGACCACUCGCUGCACCUCAGCCAGGCCAAGAUCUCGAAGCCGGCGCCUUACUGGGAAGGAACAGCGGUCAUUAAUGGAGAGUUUAAAGAGCUGAAAUUAACAGAUUAUGAAGGAAAAUAUCUUGUCUUCUUCUUCUAUCCCCUUGACUUCACGUUUGUAUGUCCCACUGAGAUAAUCGCCUUCAGUGACAGAAUUGAGGAAUUCAGAGCAAUAAACACCGAAGUAGUAGCAUGUUCCGUGGACUCCAAGUUCACUCACUUAGCGUGGAUUAAUACUCCUCGAAAACAAGGAGGACUCGGACCAAUGAAGAUUCCGCUUCUUUCAGAUUUAACACACCAGAUUUCCAAGGACUAUGGUGUAUAUCUGGAAGAUCAAGGACAUGCACUUAGGGGCCUUUUCAUAAUUGACGAUAAGAGAAUCCUUCGACAGAUCACCAUGAAUGACCUUCCUGUGGGGAGAUCAGUGGAUGAAACGCUUCGUUUGGUACAAGCAUUCCAAUACACGGACAAGCAUGGAGAAGUUUGCCCUGCUGGUUGGAAACCUGGCAGUGAAACAAUCAGACCAGAGGAAGCCAUGAGAGUGUGGUGGCCAAGGGAAGAACUAUAAUUCCAGAUCCAGCUGGAAAACUGAAGUAUUUUGAUAAGCUAAACUGAGGCUGACUUCCGUUUCAUUACUUAGGUCACGUUCAACUUGAUUUUUGCCAAUAAAAUUUCGUUAAUUUUCUUAA